AACAAUGUGUUAAGCGAACCUGACUGGCUAACGUUAGUUCUUUGCAUAUCUAAAGCUCAGUGUACAUUGUUUUCUGAAAUGCAACGAUACUGACUGACAUUUGCUUACAAUUUAGUAUUGUUCGGACGUCAAAGUGAUGUCAACUUUUCCUUGACACAUUCAUUAUUAGCUAGCUAACGCGUUAGCUGGAGACAGCUGGCUAACGUUACCUGACAGCCUUUCAGAAUGUUGGGGGAAUUCGGUAUGCUGGAACGAGACAGAAGGGGGCUUCGGAAAUGCUCUGUGACUCUCUGCAAAGAUAUGGUGGUGGACGAGCUGUUCAUUCAGUCGCUGCAGACAGACGACAUUCUCACCGACAGCAUGGCAGAAAGCAUCCUGGUGGAGCCGAACUCCCACAAGCGGAGCUGGCGUCUGCUGUCCCUGCUCCCCAAGCGUGGUCCCAGAGCCUUCAGCAGCUUCUGCUCAGCACUGAGAGACACAGAGCAGCAGCACCUAUGUGCCCUGCUCACAGAGUCACCAGAGAGGGAUGGAGAGAGACAGUGUCCCCAGACAGCUAGGGUGAAAGACAGGGCUGAGGAGGUGAUAUCCACAGCAUACCCAAUCCAAGCUUCAGACCGCAACGCCCCAUUCACAAAGACCCCAGUCAAAGACAGUGAGGAAGAGGGGGAUGAAGAGAAGAGAUAUGUGGACUCUCCCCUCCCACUUCCCACCCAGGAGGGGAUUGUUCCAGCCAAGAGAGCCAGAACACAAGAGUCAAUGGAGAUGUGUCUGGAUGCAGACAGUCCCAUCACCAGCUCUGUUCUUCCCUGUACACCAGACUUCUACCUAAAACACUGCCAACAGUCCUAUAAUAUGGUGUCCAGUCCUCGUGGCCUGGCCUUGGUGAUCAGUAACGUCUCCUUUGACCCCUGUGCUGCUCCUGACCUGGACUCCAGGAACGGAGGGGAGGUGGACGAGGAGGUCCUCAGGAAGGUGUUCACUGAGCUGGACUACAUAGUCACCGUCCGGAGAGACCUCACAGCUCCGGGCAUGCGAGAGUGCAUUGAGCAGUUUGGCAGACGACAGCAGCACCAGACCGUAUCCAGCUGUGUGGUGUGUCUGCUGUCCCAUGGAGUAGAGGGGGCUAUCUACGGCACAGACGGACAGCUGCUGGAGUUGGACUGGGUGUUUGAGGCGUUUGACAACGCCCACUGUCCUCUACUGCAGAAUAAACCCAAGAUGUUCUUCAUCCAGGCCUGCAGAGGAGAGGAGAUGGACUGUGGGGUGGAGCAGUCAGACGGGCCAGAGAGGACCCAGUCUCCUGGCUGUGAACAGAGGGAUGCAGGGAGGGAGGGAGAGGGAGAUGGAGACACCAGGCAGACGAAGGAGAGAGGCAGGCUCAGAGUCAAACUGCCCCAGCGCUCUGACAUGAUCUGCGGCUUCGCCUCCCUCAAAGGCACUGCAGCCAUGAGGAAUACCAAGAGAGGAUCCUGGUUCAUCCAAGAGGUCAACUCAGCACUCCGCUUCAGAGCCAGAGACACACACCUAUCAGACAUACUGGUGCAGGUGAAUGGUCGUAUUAAAGACAGAGAAGGCUAUGCUCCUGGCACCCCCCACCAUCGCUGUAAGGAAAUGUCUGAAUUCACCAGCUCCCUCUGCAAAGACCUCUACCUGUUCCCCAAGUACCACCCUCAGUACUGACACGCACACAUUUCUGCACCCCUACAGCACCACACACAUACCGCACCCACUACUGACACACACACACACAUGCUGUUACACACACUCACAGAGGAUUCAUUCAUUCACAUUUGCUGUGCAAAUUCUCUCACAGACAAACUUGGAAAGGAAAAUGGAACAAGUUGUUGUAAAUCUAUGUGCUUGGUAAUGGGCAUGAAGUAUACAUGACUGGUAUGAAGCUGAUGUGUGUGUACCUACCUAUCAGCUAGGCUUGCUAUAUGUGUAUUUGUACCAGUUAGAAAUGGGAUUGAAAUAUUCUAGGAAAUAUUUUUAGCUCGCUAACAACACCAGAAUGUAUUUAAAUGUAUCGCUUUUAAUUUCUUACUAAACAGUAACUUUUGGGUUUCCAAGUUUAUUCUUUUUUUAAACAUGUAUUUUGUAUGCAGAUCUAUUUUUAUCAAUUUAUUUUGUAUCAAAUAAUUUUUAACCUGUUUUUUUUUGUAAGAAUUUUAAAGCCCUCGUCUCCUUUUUGUAUUCAAAAAUGUUUAUUAUAAAAUGCAUAACAUGCCGGGGCGGCAGGGUAGCCUAGUGGUCAGAGCGUUUGACUAGUAAUCGAUAGGUUGCAAGUUCGAAUCCCCGAGCUGACAAGGUACAAAUCUGUCGUUCUGCCCCUGAACAGGCAGUUAACCCACAUUUGUUCCUAGGCCGUCAUUCUAAAUAAGAAUGUGUUCUUAACUGACUUGCCUAGUUAAAUAAAGGUAAAAUAAAAAAAAAUGCAUUAGAAUAGGAAAUCCCCCCUAACCAAAUGAAGGUAUGUAUCUGUGUCCAUAUAAUGGGCAGACGGGUGGUGUUGUAGAGUUAUAGGCUGAGGAUGCAGCAUGGAGGGAGCUGCAUUUCAAUACCCUCCUAGUAAUAUGAGUCUUCCACUGAAGGAUACUGGGACAAGUAGAUGUGAUAUUGGGAGUUUCAUGUUUGUUAGCAAUGAUUUGAUGUGUUAUUGAGGCAACAAGUGUACUGCAUUCCAUUUGAAUAGAAUGGAGUCAUGACCAUUUCUCUCACAAACAACUGUCCUCCCCCUCCCAUCUCUACCUCCAUGGGGACGUUACGGUCUAAGGCACUGCAUCUCAGUGCAAGAGGCAGUCCCUGUUUCGAAUCCAGGCUGUGUCACAUCUGGUUGUGAUUGGGAGUCCCAUAGGGCGGCGCACAAUUGGCCCAGCGUCGCGUCAUCCAGGUUUGGCCAGGUUAGGCCAUCAUUGUAAAUAAGAAUUUGUUCUUAACUGACUUGCCUAGUUAAAUAAAACAUUUAGGUUAAUUAAUGUUGUAACUACAUUGGUAACCAGACUGUUAUUACUUAGAUGUGAUGAAAGAUGUCAACAUAUAUUUAAAUGAAUUACAUUUAUAUGUUACACCAAUGAAUUAAAUUAGAAUUCUAUGUAACUGCUUGUUAUCUCUGGUCAACUUGAGUCCUAAGUUACCUACUGUCAAUGUUUCCUUGACCAUUAAGAUUUCAGUUCACAAGAUGGAUGUACAUGGAUGUUUUAAAGAUGUAUGGAUUGGUUUUAAAGCAGCUACAGUAUUUUCCUUUUCAAUUUGAUAUGCAAUAUUCCAUAGCAAUGUGUGCCAUGUGGAAUAUGUGUUUAAGUCUUGUCUUUAAAAUACUUGGUUAAUCAUUUACAUAGGACUAUGCAUUCCAUUCAAGUGUAUGAGCAGCAAUAUUGAUAUUUCUCAGAAUGAGCGGCAAUGUGUUUGGUUCUAACAGUGUUGUAGGGAGGCGUGAUAUGACAGGAACAGUAUGAAUUGAGCUGUUGACCAACCAAUCACAGAGACAAUGUGUAGUGAUCAUCUUUAUAAGGGACAGUUCUAUAAAGAUCCUGUUAAAUUACUAUUCUAAUUCUAUGGACAAUUCACCCCAAAAUCAAAGUGCCAGAUGUUAGACGUUUUCCAUUCGGUUUGAAGCCUCUAGUUCGGUUUGAACUAACUUAAUGUGUACAAUAUAGCAUCUACACAACUGGUGUGGUGGAAAGUCAUAUUUUUUGUAAUUGUAAAUGUUCCAAAUGUGGAUUUUUGUGGUGAAGUAGGUUAUCCCUUGAAAGUGAAGUACUGAGGGCUGGGGUUCACUGCCAUAAGCUAAGGAGCUGCUUGGGAUGGGGGGAGGAGAUGACUGUAUUUAUGUCUAAAACAAAGACUGCCAAAUGUUCAGGAAAAUAAACAGCUUUUUGUUUUUUUUCCUA